AUGAAAGUCGUCACUGAGGUCUUGUAAUGGCGUUGAUGUCUCGGACGGUGGGCGUCGGUCCUGCCAUGUCGCGUCCCGAAGUGUACGCACGUCUGCUGACUGGCUUUGCCAGGUCCAGGAGCUGCGGCCGCCAAGACGGCACUGGAGGAGUGGACGAGUCUCUCCUGCCCCUCAGCGCGCACGUGGGCGCGGGGGGGAGUCAGGGAGCCCACGCCGCUAGAGGUCCCUGCCUCCUGGCUCAAGGUCAAUUCGCGAGGGCAGCAGUCUGCCCCGUCCCUGACAGCUCGGAGCCGGCGCGAUGGGCGGCCUCCUCGACCCGAAGACCCGGCUGCUCUGCAGGCAGAAGACCGCGGAGCUGGAGCAGAGGCGCUGGAGGAGCUCGAGGCGCCGAGGGCCCUGGAGCCGAAGCCGCGGCGGGAGCGGCACGCGCAGGGGGAGAAGCUGGCGCGGUGCGCCUCGGACGACGAGGCCGAGGGCGGGGAGGAGCCGCUCGAGCAGGCCGAGGGGCCGGCCGGCCCGGACCCCCCGAAGCGCCGGAAGGCUCUCCACAAGAAGCUCAAGCAGAUCGCCGAGCUGGAGACGAAGGGGGGGGACCUGGGCCCGGCGGCCGCCGCCAAGGUCAGCGGCGAGGCCGAGGAUCCUGAGGGAGAUCGAUGCCAUCAAGGCCGGCAGGCCCUUCGACGAGGCCGAAGAUGCCGAGGUGCAGGCUGUGGAGGUUGCGAAGGCGCCUGAGAGGGUCAGUCUGCCGACAGAUGCAGCUGAGCGCGAGAAGCGGCUGAGGGCGCUCAACAAGAAGCUGCAGCAGAUCGCGGACCUCAAGAAGAAGGAGGCGGAGCUCGACGACGAAGCGAAGGCGAAGGUUGCCUCCAAGUGGCGCGUGAAACAGGAGAUCGCCGCUCUCGAGAGUGGCCAUACAGAGGCUGUCUUCACGGGCCCGACCGAGGAGGAUCUGAUCGAGGAGGCGACGAACAAGAAGAUUGAGCUUGAGAAGAAGCUCAAAGCAGUGCGCAAGAAGCUGACGCAGAUUGAGGCUCUGAAGAGCAAGGGGGGCGAACUGGAGGCCGACGCACAGUCGAAGGUGGACUCCGAGGGUGCUCUAAGGAGAGACCUUGGUGCACUGGAGCGCCAACUGGGCGCCCUGAACCGGGAGGAGCGCGAGCGCGUCGCGAAACGGCUGGGUUGGGAGGAGACGUGCCCCGACGCCAAGCAGAAACCUCGCAGCUCCAAGAAGUAGUUAUCAGGACCAAGUCGCUGGCGCGGUCGGCGCUGGUUAGUCAAAUCAGUGAUGUCUAUCCGACUGCCCAGAAGUGCCGAGCAUAAGUAUUGGCACGUGACCGCCGCCACGCCCAGCCUAGGCGCAGCCGCCGUCAGAAGUUUAAGUUUAAGCGUCCAGCGAAUUUGAAUGAUAGAUACAUUUCAACAAAUUUGAAUAUUCGCAUCGGCGCGAUAUCGCAGCACUGUCUGCUACCUGAGACACCGCUUUUCUGGAAAAUAUCAGAUGGUUCCGUUUUUUUGCCAGGUUCUGCUUGCAGGGGGAGGAGCCAUGGGGCGGUUUGGUGCUGGACGCAAUGUGGUGAAUUGGCGAUUCGGAGGCGCUUCAGUUUUCUGUCGGGUCGGAAUUGGCGGUUGGAGAAUCCCAAGUGACGGGUCUCUGAGAGGUUGAAUGUGGCAGCUCGUUGGCGCAGUGUCUUUUUAUUCGUCAGCCAGAUGUGCUCAGCCCAAUCUGCUCCCCGCCGCCACGCACCACCAGCUCUGUCGCUGAAAUCCGCUGCGGCGAGCCCGAUAUAUUGACGCGUGCGGGG